AUGUAUCUCUAUUUAUUUUUAUAUAUUAUUUUUUCUUGUUAUACAAAAUGUAUAAUUAUAAAAAAUGUACAAAAAAAUGCUUUAUUUUUAAAGCCAUUUCAGUUGAGAUAUAAAAAAAUUAAAAGUAUAAAUUUAAAUACAGAAAAGCAAAUUAGUGACAUUGUAUUAUAUCCAUUAAAUAAAAAAGUGUUAAAGAAAAAUAAUUUUUGUAAUAAUGGUGAAAAUAAAUACACUAAGGGAUAUAGGAAGUCUCUUUUUAAUAAUAUUUGUUCAUUGAUAAAUGUAGAGAAUGAUGAAAAAACAAGAGAAAUAGAAGAAUUAAAAAUAAACCAUAAUUUAGCUAUUAACGAUUUUUCUAGUAGCUCUUCAAUCAGUUCAAUUGAAAGGCAAGAAGUAAUACAACUAAUAGAGGCUUAUUGGUUGCUAGCAUUAAAGAAUGAAUUUUUCUUUAAAUUUUUAAAAAAAAAGAAAAAUUUGAUUUUCAGCAUAAGUUCUGGUGUUGAUUCUUUAUCUCUUUUGUAUUCUUUUAUUUUUAUCAUUUAUAAAAUAUUAAUAACAAUAGCAUACAAAGAUGAUAAUUAUAUUUCUUUAUUAAAUAAAAUAAAUAAUGUAUAUUCUUAUUCAUAUGAAGAUAUUAGCAACUUAAUUUCAAAACCUAAUUUUCAAACUAAUUUUUUUUUUUCUAUUUUAAAAAAUAUUACUGUUUUAUAUUGUAAUCAUAAGACAAGAAUAGAAUGCAAUAAGGAAAAAGUUUUUUUAAAAAAUAUUUGCUUUCGGUAUAAUCUUAAAUUUAAAACAAAAUUACUUACAAAAAAAAGUAUUGAUAAAUUAAAGAACAAAAAUAAAAACAGUUUUUUAUUGUUAGCAAGAAUUUGGAGAAGAAAUUCAUAUAUAGAUGUAUCUGAUGAAAUUUCUAAGAAGAAUAAUAUUGAAAAAUUUAAAAUAUUAAAAAAAAAUGAGGAAAAAGAAAAUAAUUCCUAUGAGCUUAGAAAUUUAGGAAAACUCAUUAAAUCAUUUAAUUAUACUUAUAAAAAUUAUAUAUCAGACAUAGAUAAUUUUAUAAAAUUAACGAAUAAGAAACAUAUGACAAUUAUUCUAUUAAAAAAUAAUAAUAAAUCUUUUAAAAAAACUAAUAAAAUUCUAAAUUUAAUAAAAUCUUUUGUAUUUUUAGGGCAUAACAAAAAUGAUAACAAUGAAACCAUUUUAUUUCAACUGUUUAGAGGAGUUUUUAUUAAAAAUAUUUCUGGUAUUAAAUUUUUAACAAAUUUUAAAAAUUGUUUUUUAUAUAGACCUUUUAUUAAGUUAAAUAAAAUUUUUCUAUAUAAAUAUAUGAAAUACAUAAAUAAAAAAUGGCUAUUUGAUAAAUCGAAUGAAAAAUUAUCUCCAUCUAGGAAUUUUCUUAGAAAUAUAGUAAUACCUAAUAUUUCUUUCAUAUUAAAGGAUAAAAGAAAUAUUAAAAAUGAUUUAGACACAUUUUCAAAAAACGAUAUAAAGAAUAUUGAUAUUACUCAUAUUAAUUAUAAUAAAGAAUUUUUUGAUAAAAAUAAUUGCAAUAAAAAUGUGAAUGACACUAAAAGCAAAUCAUUAGUUUUAAAUAAUAAUCUAAAUACUACAAAUGUUUUAGAUGAAAAUUCAGAAUUAAGAAUUUGUAAUAACUAUAUAUAUCCAUCUUUAGAUAAAAGACUAAAAAAUUUGCUUAAUCAAUCAGUUAAUUUAGAUAAUUAUUUAAAUUAUUACAACAGUAUAUUUAAUAUAUAUAUAAAAAGUAAAUAUUAUGAUAAUAACAGUACUAUUAAUAAUAUUUUUGUUAAAGAAUAUAUGAAUAUGCAAAACAAUUUAUAUAAUUCUUUUUUUUUACAAGAAAAUAUAAAUCAUUUAAUAAAAAUUAAUAAAAUAUUCUAUCAACAUAACUUCUUUUUAAAAAUUUUUAAUUUAUUAGAAUUUUUAGUUUUGCCUUCUAAAUUUAUUAGAAUAGAAAUUCUUUACAACAUCAUUAAAAAGUAUACUAACGUGAGUUUAAGUUAUAGUCGUAUUGAAAAAAUUUACCAAAUAUUAUUUUCAUUUGUUCAAAAUCAUUUAAAAGAUACAGAAUGUAUAAAAAAAACAAAAGAAGAAAGUUCUUACAUUACUUCAGAAGAAAAAUUGAUAGAAGAGAGAAAAAAAAAAAUAAAUAAAAUAAAAAAGCAUAAUAAAAAAAUUAAAAUAGUAAAUUUAAACUUACAAUGUAAAAUUCUUGUAAAUAACAAUUUUUUUCGUGUUUUAAAUAGUACAGAUGAAAAAAAAAAAAAAAAGUCUUUUCAUUUUAAAGAUAAAAGUUCUCAUGUUUUUAUUCAUGAUGAUAUAUCAGCAAUGAUAGAAAGAAUAAAUAAAAAAAAUAUAAAAAAAGAGAAUACCAAUAUAUAUUUAUUAAUUAAAAAAAGAAAAAAAAAGAAAAAAGAAAAAUUUAACAUACACAUUCGUUAUUUAAAAAAAGGUGAUUUAGUUUUUUAUGAAAAAAAACUUGUUAAGGUAACAAAAUUUUUAUCAAAAUAUAACAUCCCAUAUAUAUAUAAAAUUUCAUUACCUAUUAUAGAAAUAACUAAUUUUUCAAAAAAUAAUAUAAUAUUUUUCUUUUUAUUUAAAGAAAUAAAAAAUAAAAAUUUUUGUAUUCGUGAAUUCAUUCAAAAAAAAAAUAUGAAAAAUCAUUUUAUCUACAGUAUAAGAUUUUUAAAUAAUAAUAUGUAA